AUGACUAUCUCUAUCCCCAAGACCAUGCGUGCUCUGCAAUACUCUGAGCCCAAGAAGCAUAAGAUUGUCGAGGUCCCUGUGCCUGAGCUUCGUGAGAAUGAUGUUCUGAUCAAAGUCAAGGCCUGCGGUGUUUGCGGCACUGACCUACACAUCCAUGAAGGCGAGUUUAUUGCGAAGUUCCCCUUGAUCCCCGGCCACGAGACCGUCGGUGUGGUCGCUGCCAUUGGUCCCAAAGUCAAAGACUUCGAGAUCGGCGAGCGGGUUGUCGCCGACAACUCUGAGCUGUGCGGCACUUGCUUCUACUGUCGCCGUGGAGAUGAGCUGUUCUGUGAGCACUUCGAAGCCCACGGCGUGACAAUGAAUGGCGGUUUUGCCGAAUACUGUGCCUACCCCGCUGGUAGAGUCUUCAAGAUUAAGAACCUGUCCGAUGUGGACGCGACUCUCCUCGAGCCUGCCUCUUGUGCCGCCCACGGCUUGGACAAGAUUGCUCCCAAGAUGGGCUCAUCUGUACUUAUCUUUGGUGCUGGUCCCACAGGUCUAGUUUUGGCUCAGAUGCUCCGUCAGAAUGGUGGCUGCAAUGUGGUCGUCGUCGCCCCUCAGGGGUUGAAGAUGGAUCUGGCCCAGAAGCUCGGUGCCGGAGAUAAGUACAUUGAGUUGUCUCGCGAGGCUCCUCAAGCUCAGUUUGACGCUCUCAAGGCCGAGAACCCGUAUGGAUUUGACAUCGUCGUUGAGGCCACUGGUAGCCAGAAGAUCCUCGAGGACUCGAUUAACUACGUUCGUCGCGGUGGUAAGCUUGUCGUGUACGGCGUGUACUCGAGUGACAUUCGGGUUUCAUGGUCGCCGGCCAAGAUCUUCGGUGAUGAGAUCACUAUUCUUGGCAGUUUCUCCGAGACCUACAAGUUCCCCGCCGCUGUUGACUACCUCGACUCUGGAAAGGUCAAGGUCGAUGGUAUCGUAAAUAAGGUGUACAAAAUCGAGCAGUGGGAGGAGUGCCUUGAGGCAAUGCGCAACAAGUCCGCUAUCAAGGCUGCCAUCGUCUUUGAUUAG